GGGGACGGUACACAGCGGCCCUGUUUCCACGCAUGGCUGACUGUGUAUUUCACAACACAUAUGGCUCGAACAACGCACUUGGGACUGACAAGGACAGUCAAGUCGAAGCUGACAGUUUUCCAGUGAAUCCAGUGUGACAAUGAACGCCCUCGGGGCCCUGCUCUGUAUCUGGACUACAGGAUCUGUUGCCUCUUUCUCAACCAACGAGUACCUUCCGGGGGAUGUGAUACUAGCGGGGCUAUUUUCUAUACAAUCCCAUACUGAUGAAACGUGUGGUGCCGUGGUUCCAGAGUCUAUACAGGCAUAUGAAGCGGUCCGAUGGUUCAUCGGACAAUUGAACGACAGAAAUUAUACCAACGGUGUCAAAUUUGGUCUCCACGCUUUCAAGACAUGCGGAAUUCCAUCUAUGGCUGUUGCAACUACUCUAGAUAUUCUGCAGACUUACAAACAGAAACAGAUAUAUGGCGUAAUUGGGCCUGAAUUUAGUUCAGAAACCCAAGAAGUGUCUCGUCUGCUGAGUUCGCUCCCAGAGCGUGAUCGUCUGCUGCAGAUCAGCUUCUCCGCCACCGCAGCCAUCCUCGCUGACAAGAGUAUCUACAAAAACCUGUACCGGGUCAUAGAAACGGACGACGUACAAGUUAAUGUUAUGUUAAAACUCUUGCAACAACUGAAGUGGAACUAUAUAGCAAUCGUGUAUGAAGCUGACACUUACGGCGAAGAAGGGGCCAAUGCACUCAAAGCCAAGGCAGAAGAAAAUGGCAUAUGUGUACCGCAAUACGUUUCUAUUGCAACAGACGCCAGCAGUGACGAAUACAGGAUAAUAUUUGAGUCAAUUAAACGAAAACUGGAAGUAGAGUCCGAAUCACCAGUUCUCGGUCUGGUCUUUUGGCAAGCUGAGACUGCUAAAAUUAUGUUUGAGUUUCUCAACAUCAAACUCAGCAACUUCCAGAUGAUAGUUUCCGAGUCCAUUCGUGAAAGUGAGUCAUAUUUGAUGAAGUCCGACGGAAGCGUGUAUCCAUUAGCCAAGGGACUUCUCACCCCAAGUCCUCCAUACUAUGAUGUCGAGCUGUUCAAAUUACACUGGCAGUCGCUUCAUACCCAAGGUAAUGUUAUGCGAGAAUACAUACAAGAUGAUGAUUGGCUGUUAAAAUACAUGGAACAAGUAACCAAGUGUUCCCUGGCAAAUGAAACAAAUAUUCCACAAUCCUGUAUUCAACGGUCCACAGAUUCAGUACAAAAUGCCAAACUCUCCAUAUACACCAACUACGCACUGAUGGCCGCAGCCGCCUUUGCAAAGACAUACAAGACAUUAUAUGAGAAGAAAUGCCCUCGACAAACAGGUGUAUGUAAGGAGCUGGACGAUUAUAUCUCCAACAAGGCCAAGUUUAUUGAGGAAAUGGCUGCAGUAGAAGUCAACCCUGCAGUUGAAUUUUGGGAGCUGUCACCCUUUCAGUUGAAGUUUCGAUUCAGGAAUGGAGAGCUUACGUACACGGAAAGCGGAGACCACUUGACCUAUAUCGUGUACAACUACCAAAAAUGCAGCACUGGAUUUUGCAAUGUGAAGGUGGGUGAUUACGUGGCACAAGACCUGACCUUGUUGCCAGGUGUCAUCAAGUCCUACAACGACAAAGGAGAAGAAAGCUCGAACCCGGUUCAGGCCCAGUGUCAAGAAACCCGCCACUGUUCAAAAUGUCAAAAUCCAGGCAGUUAUGGAGAAGUGAUAUUCUUACCAGGAGACUUUUACGUCGUGGGUCUUGUACCAAUACAUGAUCAGGGAGCAGACCCAUUGCAUUGUGGUGAACUUAGAACAGCAGUCAGUGUGGACUUGGCUGAAGGUAUUGUCUUUGCUGUCAAUCGUGCCAAUGCAAAACGAGAUAGGUUUACUUCACUUCUUGGGAGCAAAACUAUUGGAUUGUUAUUGCUGGAUACCUGUAACACUCCCACGAUUGCAAGGGAAAGAGUGACACGUCUUCAUAGAGGUGUAUUAAGACUCACUGACAGCUUAAACAGUUCAAGUAUUGUUGAUAAAAUCAUCGGAUACAUUGGCCCACAUGGAAGUUCCGUAAGUGUUACUAUGUCCAUCUUAAUGACUGAAUUAAACAAACUGUUCAUUUCGUAUGCUUCCACAAGUUCAACUCUGAGCUCAAGAAGUUUGCAUCCUAAUUUUAUGAGAACGUGUUCUCCUGACCAUGAACAGGCUGAUGUAAUAAUGUACCUGGCCAAGGAGAUUGGAUCUACCUAUGUGCAAAUUAUACAUACGGAUGGGGAAUAUGGUACAGCAGGACUGGCAUCGUUAAUGGCUUCUGGGAAAAAAUACAAAAUCUGCGUUGCUAACACGAUUGCUGUCAAGCAAGGAACAAGUCAAGCUUUCUUCCGCGGUUAUGUGUCCGAGUUAAGAAGGUUCCCGCAUGCAAAGCUUGUUGUGAUAUUUGUCAGCUCCAACAUAGCACCACAGCUGAUGACGGCUCUGAGCGAGGAGAUGAACACUGGUGAGUUUGUGUUCAUUGGAGGUGAGAGUUGGGGCAAAAGAGGAAAAGUGAUAGAAGGUAACAAUAAGUUGCUUGGAAGUUUGUCUCUUGCUCAGGAGCUGCCCAAGAACCAAGCAUUUGAAGAAUACUUCAGUGGUGUUAACGUGUCGACUUCAAAGAACCCAUGGCUUGAGUCAUAUUUAGAAUUAACCUCAAACUGUUAUUUUCCAAUGAGCUACAACAAAUUGUAUAGAAGACCAUGUACCUCUGAAUUGUUGGCCCAAAACCGCAAGACCGACACUUGGGUACCUUUUGCUAUCAAUGGUGUGUAUUCCCUGAUUCUUGGAUUCAGUACAGCUUUAGAAGAAAAGUGCUACCGUACUUACACCAUGUGUCCCGAGUAUUCUACAGCAGAGUUGAUCGCCAACGUCAAAAACGUUCGCCUCGACAUCUAUAACGAUGGCGGGAAUAUUCGAGUCUUCGAUGACAAUGGCGAAGGGAGCGUUGGUUACAAAAUCUCACAGAUUGUGCGGGACGCUGAACUGGUGUAUAAGGAGGUCGGCUUAACAUCAGAAGAUGGGAUUCAGUUCUUCAAGACACGCCUCAGUUCUGAUGCUAAUUUUGCCUCCAACUGUCAGAAUGAUGUUGAAUGUGGAAGGUGCAACGCACAGUUCUCGGACACAACGAAUAUAAGUAGUGAAAGUGGUGACCGGUCUGCUGUGAUUGGUCUCGGUGUGUUCGUGGCACUGUUACUGGUCGUCAUCAUCGGUCUGCUUGUGGUAGGGGUAAUUUGCUGGAGGAAGAAAAGAAAACCUGACGUUAAGGAAGGUACUUACACAGAUGUCUACCUACACCCCGUAGGUGGACCGCAUUACGACAGUAUUUCAAGCAUUCAGCUCCGAGAUCCCCGACAUCUGCUUCAGAUAACACGAGUUUCAGUGAGGAGAGAGUCCCUCCCAGUAUCACAGAGAGCUAGCCGAUUUACACUUGAGCAGGGGCGGUAGGGUAGCCCAGUGGUUAAAUUGUUCGAUCGUCACGCCGAAGAUCCGUGUUCGAUUCUCCACAUGGGUACCAUGUGUGAAGCUCAUUUCUGGUGUCCCCCGCCAUGAUAUUGCUAGAAUAUAUCUAAAAGCGGCGAAAAACAACAGUCACUCACUACGCGUGAACAGUUUUCAGUUGAAGAUGGCCAGAUGGGAGUGUGUGGACACGCAGUGCCAACUUCCAUUGAUAAGGUGUCCACCUUGGACAAUGACAUGUCAUAUUGGUGACAUUUCUUUGAAGGAACUAGACCCGUUGACGCGGCAUGUGGAAGGACAGUGUGUAAUAAUCAGAAUGAGUCAGCUUGUGGACCUGCAAAUAUAUUGACACCUACCAGCGGAGCAUGAUCCAGCACCAUAGCGUAAUGAUAGUGAGAGGUAUAUUUGGCUUGUCAGUGCAGCCUUGUUCUCAUGUUAGUACUGUAGCAAGGAGGGCGGUGGGGUAGUCUAGUCGUUAAAGCGUUCGCUUGUCACGCCCAAGGCCCGGGUUCGAUUCCCCACAUGGGUACAAUAUGUGAAGCCCAUUUCUGGUGUCCCCGCUGUGAUAUUGCUGGAACAUUGCUACAAGCGGGGUAAAACUAAACUCUAUCUCUCACGUAUCUUGCAAGGUCACGUAUGUGCUAGAGGUCUAACGCACUUCUAUUGUAUAUUAGGUGUCUUCUUGAUUUCAGCAAACGUUACAAACAACUUCGUACGGCUGUAAUACUUCUGAAACAAAUAUAUACUCGUAGUCACUAUUGUACAAUCAACUGAAGAUCCGGGUUAGAAUUGAUCUUCAGUAACCCAUGCUUGUCGUAAGAGGCAAU